AUGGAGCAUGUAUUAAUGUGGGAUGAAAAUAAAGUGGCAAAAUGGCUGUCCAGCAUUGGGCAUGCAUCGUUUGAGAAACAGUUUAGAGAACAAGGUAUUACUGGAGAUGUCCUCGUUAAUCUCGAUCAUGAAUCACUGCGAGAUUUGUCAAUACUUACCGUUGGUCAGAGGAUGGAUUUGCUCAAGAACAUUUACCAGCUAAAGAUCCACUAUCGAGUGCCUGUAAAUGAAUGGGAUUAUAUACCGCCAAGUGUAUUAUACGAAACUGAUUGGUUAGGACAAAAUGGUAUGGCAGAUUACAGAAAGAUUGAAGCAGCAUUUCAGGAACGAGAUGCCCGUAUAAAGCGAUUGACAGAGGAUCUACAACGAGUGAAUCAUGACAUGUCUAUACUAAGAGAGGAGAUUGGGCAGAUCAUCAAGCUUAAAGACAAGAAGUCACUACAAAACGACAACAACAGUAUCAAAUCCGCAACAUCUACAAAAGUAUCUUAUUCACAUCACGCCGCUAAUAGUAAACAUGCCAACUCGCCCACAAAGAUCAACAAUAACCUGGAUUACCACCACAACAACAUGUCAACAGACGACAAACUGACGCCCAAUGUUAUGAUCAAUGACGGUGGAGCCAUCAAGGUAUACGGCGAUAAGAUUUCCAAGGUUGAGCAUGAACCCGAAUCUUCCAAAAAUGUGCGCCUGUUGCUGGAUGAUCCCACAUCCAAGGUAAUUACAUCUGCCCUUAAAAAAUACAAUGUGGUGAGCGAUUGGCAGCAGUAUGCUCUAUGGAUUCAGUAUGGGCCACACGAUAACAUGCAAGAACGCGCUCUAGGUUACGAUGAGAGGCCUUUGAGGAUUUCACAAAAACUAAAAGAAGCUAAACAGAAUCCAGUUUUUGUGCUAAAGCACGUAAAAGAUAAUAAACCGUUCAUACCACCCAACUACAGCCAUCCCAGGCCAGCACCACCCAAACCUCAUGACAACAGCAACAGCAAUAAUAAAUCAUACAACAAAUCCAACAUAUCGCCGCUUAAUAAUAACAAUACCAGCACGAAUACCAGCACCACAUCCACAGCAAAUAAUACGACCAGCACAACUGCAACAACGCCUCCCAUCACCUCUGGCAGAGUUGGAUUUGAAGUUGUUAUUCCCGUCAUGUCGUCCUCCAUGUCGUCUCCCACCACCACAACCACGACAUCUACUUCCUCCUCGUCUUCCAAACGCUCGCCACCUCCUCCACCGCCUUCAGCGCAGCAGCAGUACAGCAAUGAGCUUGGCCUGGACAACGCCAUUGUAAAUGCCAUCUUUUCCAUCAACAAUAGCAACCCCCAAAAUCCAUAA